AGUUGCAGGGCAGCGUCCGGGCGGGUGGCUUCUCCCCAGGACCACGUUCCCCCCGAGCCGUUUUAGGUGUGUGUUCUCUUCUGUGCCGAGCAGUCAGCAAACCACAGAAGAAAAAAAUCGUAAGGUUGCUGCCUUCUUAGAGAGACGCUUUUUUUCCUUGUUGAUUCAUUUUAGUCCUGUAAUUGGAAAAACCACCCAGGCUUUUUAAACUCUGGCCUCCACGCAUUCUAGGGGCGGGGGUGUCUUUUUUUUUUUUUUUUUUUGAGGGAGGGUGGCAGGCUGGCUCUAAUUCCUGAAACAGACGCUCCGAAGUCGAGUUAGUUAUCCCUUGGCCGUCUUAGUACUCCUCGGGUUUAAUCUUAUUUCCACAGAGUUUCUUCUGCCGGGAUCUCCACCGAGGUUACCGAACAAAAACAGCACAGAGCCCAGACUGGAGGCAGACCCGGGCGCUGUCUCUGCUAGGCUUAUUUACGUUUAGGGCUUUUCUUUCCUUUUUUUAAAGUGAUGGGGGAAGUCUCAUUGUGUGGCAUGUGACAGUUCGUUUGCUUCAAAACAACAGGACGUAACCACGCGAAAACUAGAACCAGAGGAGGGGGCAUGCGUUUCUUCAAGUCAGCCAAACAGCAUCUGGUCUUUGAAAGCGCAAUUUCAUCAAGAAACUCCUGUUGGAUCCCUCCUAACUGUGGACCAAAAUAAGCCAACAGGAACGGGUGUUUACUUAAUGGCUAGUUUCUGUUUGAAAUGGGAGGAGGGAUCCCCUAGCAGGGUUCCAAUCCUAAGAGUAGACACUGUUGACCGAAACAGAUGAGCAGCCACGGCGUGGUCACCCCUUAGCUAUAAAAGUGGCCGCUGCCGGGGUUCGGCGACUCGGGGUGUCAGGCGGAGUCUUGGUGAGGCAGGCGCGCGCCCGGCCGUCCCCAGGCAGAGACGUUUAAAGAGCAUGUGAGCAUGACAAGUGUCUGUCCGCAACGUGUCAGAUUUCGAAACUGCCUUGCAAUCCAGUCCGGAACUCGCAGCUUUAGCCCGGGGGAACAGACGUUCGUUUAGGCUGUGUCUCAUCAUUCCCCCCCGCCCCACCCCCGCCGACCUCCCACUGUUGCUGCUGGAGGAAGAGCCCCGGGAGGAGAAGGGUGCGCCGCGCCGCGCCCGCGUGUCAAUGGCAGCCGCGCAUUCUGGAAGAAGUUGGUUCUUGUCUCGAAUACUUUUCCUCCCGUGCCCCGCCCCUUGAAUCAGAGGCGGCUGUCUUGUGCGGCUAGAGCAGGGCCAGUAGAGUUCGGGGCAACUGUCAAAAACGAGACGGGGAGGCUUUUCUUCCCGGGGGUGGAGGAGGGAAGGAGGGAGGUGUCCUUUUUUCCAUCUGUUGCAGUUUCCGAACCAAACGCACCCUCGCCAGCCCCGGGAAGAAAGGCCCAAGGGAGAAACCUGGGGCGCUCGGCUGGUGCCCCCACCGCCGGGCGAGGGAUGCGGGCGGUCCGUGCGCGGCAGGCGGAAAGGAUCGUGUUUCUGGACCCGGCCACCCCCCGCGUCCGCACCGCCGCCCCCGAGGGACGAGUGACAGCGGCCGCCGCGCUCGGUCCAGUCUUCCCGGCUGGAAGCGCCGAGGUGCGCCGAGCAGGAGCAGGGAACAAAGGAGCGGAGAGGGGAGGGGAGAGAGUUGGGCGAAGGAGAGCCCCCGGCCGGCUGCCAGAAGAUCCCGGCGGGAGGAAGCCCAAGUGUCACUUGAAUUCCACCCAAGGAGCGGGCGCCUGGGAUCAGAGCGCCCUGUUUAGCAAUAACGGCUGGAGCACGUCCUACAAGUUACGGGAGAGUCGGCUGUGAAGGAGACGUUCGCUUAUCCCCUGUGUCCCCGCUCCUGGCCCCUCCAGACCCCAGCCUUGCCUCGCGCUGGGAGGGGAGAUCCAGAAUGAAAGGCAAGAAAGGUAUUGUUGCAGCAUCUGGCAGUGAGACUGAGGAUGAGGACAGCAUGGACAUUCCCUUGGACCUUUCUUCAUCCGCUGGCUCAGGCAAGAGAAGGAGAAGGGGCAACCUACCCAAGGAGUCUGUGCAGAUUCUUCGGGAUUGGCUGUAUGAGCACCGUUACAAUGCCUAUCCUUCAGAGCAAGAAAAAGCGUUGCUGUCCCAGCAAACACACCUGUCUACGCUACAGGUCUGUAACUGGUUCAUCAACGCCCGCCGCAGGCUCCUCCCUGACAUGCUGAGAAAGGAUGGCAAAGAUCCAAAUCAGUUCACAAUUUCCCGCCGUGGGGCCAAGAUUUCUGAAACGAGCUCUGUGGAGUCCGUGAUGGGCAUCAAAAACUUCAUGCCAGCUCUAGAGGAGACCCCGUUUCAUUCCUGUACAGCUGGGCCAAACCCAACCCUAGGGAGGCCACUGUCUCCUAAGCCGUCAUCCCCGGGAUCAGUUUUGGCUCGUCCAUCAGUGAUCUGCCAUACCACUGUGACUGCAUUGAAAGAUGUCCCUUUCUCUCUCUGCCAGUCGGUUGGUGUGGGACAAAGCACAGAUAUACAGCAGAUAGCGGCCAACAACUUCACAGACACCUCUCUCAUGUACCCAGAGGACACAUGUAAAUCUGGACCAAGUACGAAUACACAGAGUGGUCUUUUCAACACUCCUCCCCCUACUCCACCGGACCUCAACCAGGACUUUAGUGGAUUUCAGCUUCUAGUGGAUGUUGCACUCAAACGGGCUGCAGAGAUGGAGCUUCAGGCAAAACUUACAGCUUAACCCAUUUUCAAGCAAAACAGUUCUCAGAAAUGUCAUGAUUGCCGGGGUGAAGGCAAGAGAUGAAUUGCAUUAUUUUAUAUAUUUUUUAUUAAUAUUUGCACAUGGGAUUGCUUAAACAGCUUCCUGUUACUGAGAUGUCUUCAAUGGAAUACAGUCAUUCCAAGAACUAUAAACUUAAAGCUACUGUAGAAACAAAGGGUUUUCUUUUUUAAAUGUUUCUUGGUAGAUUAUUCAUAAUGUGAGAUGGUUCCCAAUAUCAUGUGAUUUUUUUUUUUCCUCCCCUUCCCUUUUUUUGUUAUUUUUUCAGACUGUGCAAUACUUAGAGAACCUAUAGCAUCUUCUCAUUCCCAUGUGGAACAGGAUGCCCACAUACUGUCUAAUUAAUAAAUUUUCCAUUUUUUUUCAAACAAG